AUGAAACUUAUCAUCUUGCUUUCUGUCAUGAUUCCACUAGUGGCCUCAAAGGUGUGCAAGCCAAGAACUACUUCUGUGCACCCUGUUUACCAGAUGAAAGUUGGAGGACGGUACAGAUUCGAAGAUGGUGUCUUUGUCUGGAAAACCUGCAACCAGAUUCCGGAAUUCAUCCAAAAGAUUGACGGUGUUUGGUAUGCCAACCCGAAAAAUGAAAAUAUCGGAACUUACUGUUUACAGUACCGACUCCAGAAGUAUUUAAAUCCUCACCUUGUGGAUGUCAAAGUGGUCGACAGAAUGAGAAUUUCGGAAGGAUCUGAAUCCGAGACUCUUCCUGCAAAAACCACCGUCAUGAAAGACAUAUCGAGAAAAUUAUAUAAUUCAAUGGAAACUCGGAAACUAUUCUACGCAAAAGCGUCCCCUGAAACCACAAUUGUCAAAUGGACAGAUGCUAAUGUGACUGCAGUCCCUGUGACUCCUCACGAUACUAAAACUUCGACUAUGUUUCCAAAAAUGUCAGUCGAACAGGAAGAAAUGACAAGCACUCCAGCCAAUUCUCGAAUUUCGAAAGAAACUGCUUUGGAACAAGAACUGAGUGGUAUCUUCCCAAACACAUUGCAGCAAUUGACGGUCGUCGUUGUUUUUCUCAUCGUUCUCUGUGGAAUUUUUUUGAAAAUGUGGUUAAGGCUUCGUAGAGCUGUCUAA